GCCCAGACUGAGCCGGCACCGACUUCACCACCAUGUUCAAGGGGCUGAGCAAAGGAUCCCAGGGAAAGGGGUCCCCCAAAGGCUCCCCAGCCAAGGGCUCCCCCAGCAAGCACAGCCGGGCUGCCACCCAGGAGCUGGCCCUGCUCAUCUCUCGCAUGCAAGGCAAUGCUGAUCAAGUGGAGAGAGACAUCCUGGAGACCCAGAAGAGGCUGCAGCAGGACCGGCAGAACAGCGAGUGCAGCCAGCCCCUGCAGCACCGGCAGGAGACGGGCCGCAACCUGAAGGAGGCGGAGACGCUCCUGAAGGACCUAUUCCUGGACGUGGACAAGGCCCGGCGGCUCAAGCACCCACAAGCCGAGGAGAUCGAGAAGGACAUCAAGCAGCUGCACGAGCGGGUGACCCAGGAGUGCUCCGAGUACCGUGCCCUGUAUGAGAAGAUGGUGCUACCACCCAACAUGGGGCCCAGGGUGGACUGGGCACGCACGCUGGAACAGAAGCAGAAGCAGGUGUGUGAGGGCCAGUACGGGCCAGGCAUGGCUGAGCUGGAACAGCAGGUGGCUGAGCACAACAUUCUUCAGAAGGAGAUCGAGGCCUACGGACAACAGCUGCGGAGCCUCGUGGGGCCGGACGCAGCCGCUAUCAGGAGCCAGUACCAGGACCUGCUGAAGGCGGCCUCGUGGCGCGGCCAGAGCCUGGGCAGCCUCUACACGCACCUGCAGGGCUGCACGCGGCAGCUCAGUGUGCUGGCCGAGCAGCAGCGGCGUAUCCUGCAGCAGGACUGGAGCGACCUCAUGGCAGACCCCGCAGGCGUGCGGCGGGAGUACGAGCACUUCAAACAGCACGAGCUGCUGAGCCAGGAGCAGGUCGUGAACCAGCUGGAGGAUGACGGGGAACGCAUGCUCGAGCUCCGGCACCCAGCCCCCGGGCCCAUCCAGGCCCACCAGGAGGCCCUGAAGAUGGAGUGGCAGAACUUUCUGAACCUGUGCAUCUGCCAGGAGAGCCAGCUGCAGCACGUGGAGGCCUACUGCCGAUUCCAGGAAGAGGCCGGCUCCGUCAGCCAGACCCUGGCGAAGCUCAGCUCCAACCUGGACACCAAGUACAGGCCUGCUCCAGGGGACCUACCUGGCGCCCGCACAGAGCUGCUGCAACAGCUGGAGGCAGAGGAGAAGCAGCUGGCAGUGGCCGAGAGGAUGGUGGGAGACCUGCAGCGGCAGAGCCAGGAGGUGGCCCCUCUGUCCCUGCGGAGGAAACCGCCUCAGCAGCCCCUGCAUGUGGAUAGCAUCUGUGACUGGGACUCGGGAGAAGUACAGCUGCUUCGGGGUGAGCGGUACACGCUGCAGGACAACUCUGACCCACACACCUGGGUUGUGCAGGGUCCCAAAGGGGAGACCAAGCACGUCCCAGCCGCCUGCUUCUCUGUCCCAGCACCUGACCCUGAGGCCGUGGCCAAGGCCUCCAGGCUGGCCUCGGAGCUGCAAGCUGUGAAGCAGAAACUGGCCACAGUCCAGAGUGGCCUGAAGAUCAGUGCUGUGGAACCCAUGCAGCCAGACCAGCAGGCUCCGACCAGCUCAGCACCGGCAGACCCGCAGGCCCAGAAGCUCCUGACACAGAUGACCCGGCUGGAUGGGGACCUGGCACAGAUAGAGAGGCAGGUGCUGGCCUGGGCCCGGGCCCCGCUGAGCCGCACCUCACCCCUGGAGGACCUGGAGGGGCGCAUCCGCAGCCACGAGGGCACGGCCCAGCGCCUGCAGAGUCUGGGAGCGGAGAAGGAGGUGGCCCAGCAGGAGUGUGAGGCGUUCCUGUCGGCACAGCCCACAGGCCCCUCUGCCCUGCAGCUGCCCGUGGCCCUCAACAGUGUCAAGAACAAGUACAGCGACGUGCAGGUUCUGUGCAACCUCUAUGGGGACAAAGCCAAGGUUGCUCUGGCUCUCGAGCGGCGGAUCCGGGACGCAGACGGGGUCAUCCGGGGCUUUGAGUCCUCCCUGGCCAGGGAGGCCCCUAUCUCCGACGGCCCAGGCGCACUGCAGGAGAGGGUCAGAGAGCUGCAGCACCAGCGCAGGGAGCUGAUGGAGCAGCAGGCCUGCGUGCUAGCCCUGCACCGCGAGCUGAAGGCGGCCGAGCACGCGUGCAGCGCGCUGCGGAACAACUUCCGCGAGUUCUGCCAAGACCUGCCACGCCAGCAGCGCCAGGUGCGGGCCCUCACUGACCGCUACCACGCCGUGGGGGACCAGCUGGACCUGCGGGAGAAGACGGUGUUGGAUGCCAGCCUCACCUACCAGCAGUUCAAGAACUGCAGGGACAACCUGAGCUCCUGGCUGGAACACCUGCCCCGCAACCAGGUGCGGCCCAGUGCCGGGCCCAGCCAGAUGGCCUACAAGCUGCAGGCGCAGAAGAGGCUGGUGCAGGAGAUCCAGGACCGAGAGCGGGACAGGGUCACGGCAUCCUGUCUCUCCCAGGACCUGCAGGCAGCACUCCAAGACUAUGACAUGCAGGCAGACACCUACCGCUGCUCCCUGGAGCCUAGCCUAGCAGUGUCAGCCCCCAAGAGACCCCGCGUGGCUCCUCUGCAGGAGAGCAUCCAGGCCCAGGAGAAGAACUUGACCAAGGCCUUCACUGAGGCUGUGGCUGCACACCAGCAGCAGCUGCACCAGCUGGAGUUUGCCAUCAAGGUUCUGGAGAAGAAGGAGCUCGGUGAGGACAUACAGGUGAUCCACGAUGCAAAGCAGGGGUCUGAGAGCCCAGCGCGAGCAGGGCGGGGGUCAGAGGCACUGAUGUCCCAGCUGGAGGAAGAGAGGAAUCGGGUGGCCCAGGUGCAGCGUGAACUGGAGAAACAGAGGAACCGGCUGCUGCAGCUGAGGACCCAGCGGCCUUUGGAGAGGCUGGAGGAGAAGGAGGUGGUGGAGUUCUACCGGGACCCUCAGCUGGAGACCAGCCUGUCCAAGGUCAAGUCCCAGGUGGAGGACGAGGGCCGGAAACGAGCCGGCCUGCAGGCCGACCUGGAGGCUGUGACCCAGAAGGUCAUCCAGCUGGAGAGCAAGAAGAAAAGCACGCAGCCUCACCUGCUGACCAAGGAGGUCACCCAGAUCGAGCGGGAUCCCAGCCUGGACAGCCAGGCGGCUCAGCUCCACAGCGAGAUCGGGCAGCUCCGGGGAGAGAACUCGGCUGUCUGUGCCCAGCUGGAGGGGCUCAAGCAGGAGCUGCUGGCCCUUGAGCAGAAGGAGGCAAGCGUGCAAGAGAAGGUGGUGGUGAAGGAAGUGGUCAAGGUGGAGAAGGAUCCGGAAAUGGUCAAGGCGGCCCAGGCUCUGAGGCUGCAGGCCGAGGCGGACACGGCACGGAGGAAGGCGGCCGAGGAGACCGGGGCCAAGCUAAGGGCUCGCAUAGAAGAGCUGGAGCGGAUAAUCAGCUCCGUGGAGCCAAAGGUCAUCGUGAAGGAGAUGAAGAAGGUGGAGCGGGACCCUGGCCUCCUCAAGGAGUCCGCCAAGCUGAAGAGCCUCCUGGAGGAGGAGAGGAGCAGGAACGCGGUGCUGGCCGGGGAGCUGACGGAGCUGCGCAGACAGCACAGCGAGGCCAAGGAGCAGAGACCCAAAGUGGAGCCCCGGGAGCAGGUCCUCGAGGUCUUCCGGGUGGACCCGGACACAGAGCAGGAGAUCACGCGGCUCCGGGCGCGGCUCGAGGAGACCAGCGGCCGGCGGCGCAGCGUCGAGAAGGAGGUGGAGCGGCUGCUGGCCGAGCUGGCGGUGCUGAGGGCCCAGAAGCCCACCGUGGAGUACAAGGAGGUGACGCAGGAGGUGGUGCGGCACCAGCAGAACCCUGAGCUGCUGAGGGAAAUCGACCAGCUCAAAGCCCAGCUCAACGAGCUGGUCAACAGCAGCGGCCGUGCCCAGGAGCAGCUCAUCCGACUGCAGGGCGAGCGAGACGAGUGGAAGCGGGAGCGCUCCAAGGUGGAGACCAGGACGGUGAACAAGGAGGUGGUGCGCCACGAGAAGGACCCCGUCCUGGAGAAGGAGGCCGAGCGCCUGCGCCAGGAGGUGCGGGAGGCGGCCCAGAGGCGGCGUGCCGCCGAAGACGCCCUCUAUGAGCUGCAGAACAAGCUCCUGCUGCUGGAGAGGAGGCGGCCCGAGGAGAAGGUGGUGGUGCAGGAGGUGGUGGUCACCCAGAAGGACCCGAAGCUCCGUCAGGAGCACGGCAGGCUGAGCCGCAGCCUGGACGAGGAGGCGGGCCGCCGGCGGCAGCUGGAGCGGGAGGUGCAGCAGCUGCGCGCCAGCACGGAGGAGCGGGAGGGCCUGCUCAGCUUCCGGGAGGACCGCAGCAAGAAGCUGGCCGUGGAGAAGGAGCUGCGGCAGCUGAGCUCGAGGAUCCGGGAGCUGGAGGCGCGGCCGCCGGCGGUGCAGGAGAAGAUCAUCAUGGAGGAGGUGGUCAAGCUGGAGAAGGACCCCGAGCUGGAGAAGUCCACGGGUGCCCUGCGCCAGGCCCUGGACCAGGAGAAGGCCCGCGUGACGGCGCUGCACCGGGAGGCCAAGAACCUGCAGGUGCAGAUCGACGUCCUGCAGGCCGCCAAGUCGCAAGGGAAGACCGUCUACAAGGAAGUGAUCCGGGUGGAGAAGGACCCGGUGCUGGAGGGCGAGCGCUCCAGGGUGUGGGCGCAGCUCACCAGGGAGCGGGCCGCGCGGCAGGGCCAGGAGGAGGAGGCGCGGCGGCUGCGGGAGCGAAUCGACCGGGCCGAGGCGCUGGGCGCGACCUGGGCCCGGGAGGAGGCCGAGCUGCAGAAGGCGAGGGAGCAGGCGGACCAGGCGCGCAGGCAGCUGCAGCGGGAGCUGCGCGAGCUGGAGCAGCGGCGGCAGAAGGUACGGAGCCGGCAGGAGGAGGCGCAGCGACGCGGCCGGCAGCCGGACAGCGAGCGGCAGAGGGCGGCCCCGCGCAGCCAGGAGCUCUCGCAGCUGGAGGCGGCCAUCCUCCGCGAGAAGGACCAGAUCUACGAGAAGGAGCGGGCCCUGAGGGACCUCCACACCCAGGUCAGCCGCGAGGAGCUCAGCCAGGAGACCCAGACGCGCGAGACCAACCUGUCCACCAAAAUCUGCAUCCUGGAGCCCGAGACGGGGAAGGAUAUGUCCCCGUACGAGGCCUACAAGCGGGGCAUCAUUGACCGGGGCCAGUACCUCCAGCUGCAGGAACUCGAGUGUGACUGGGAGGAGGUCACCACCUCGGGCCCCUGCGGGGAGGAGUCGGUGCUCCUGGACCGCAAGAGCGGGAAGCAGCACUCCAUUGAGGCCGCCCUCCGCUGCCGGCGCAUCUCCAAGGAGGAGUACCACCUGUACAAGGACGGCCGGCUGCCCAUCUCCGAGUUCGCCCUACUCGUGGCAGGUGAGAGCAGGCCCUGCCCCGCCCUUUCCAUCGGCUCCAUCAUUUCCAAGUCCCCAGUCGCCUCCCCCGCCCCGCAGAGCGCCAGCUCCUUCUCGCCCGGCUUCUCUCUGGGGCUGGGUGAUGACAGCUUCCCCAUCGCCGGGGUCUACGACACGACCACAGACAACAAGUGCAGCAUCAAGACAGCCGUGGCCAAGAACAUGCUAGACCCCAUCACCGGGCAGAAGCUGCUGGAGGCCCAGGCGGCCACGGGGGGCAUCGUGGACCUGCUUAGCCGGGAGCGCUACUCGGUGCACAAGGCCAUGGAGCGCGGGCUGAUUGAGAGCACCUCCACGCAGAGGCUGCUCAAUGCCCAGAAGGCCUUCACGGGCAUCGAGGAUCCUGUCACCAGGAAGAGGCUGUCGGUGGGCGAGGCCGUGCAGAAGGGCUGGAUGCCCCUGGAGAGCGUGCUCCCACACCUGCAGGCGCAGCACCUGACCGGCGGGCUCAUCGACCCCAAGCGGACCGGCCGCAUCCCCGUGGCCCAGGCUUUGCUCUCCGGGAUGAUCAGUGACGAGCUGGCCAGGCUCCUUCAGGAUGAGGCCAGCUACGAGAGGGAUCUGACGGACCCCCUCUCCAAGGAGCGGCUGAGUUAUAAGGAAGCCAUGGGGCGCUGCCGCAGGGACCCCCUGAGCGGCCUGCUGCUGCUUCCGGCCGCGCUGGAGGGGUACCGCUGCUACCGCUCGGCCUCCCCGGGGCUGGCACACUGCCGACGCUGA